GAGAGCUUCUCUGCACAGACAUUUUUGUCAUUCCAGUUGACGGGAAACGGCUUAGCAACUGAUUGACCGUAGGAGCAGGAAACCAAUUCAGGUUUACUUCAAAAAGGACUGUUUUUUUAAACUUGACCGAAUAUUGCCUCACAUCAGGAAACAAGAUGUUUUACACUUGUGGACCCAAUGAAGCCAUGGUGGUGUCUGGGUUUGGGCGUUCUCCCCCUUUAAUGAUUGCUGGAGGAAGAGUGUUUGUCUUCCCCUGUAUUCAACAGAUCCAGAGAAUCACUCUUAACACCCUGACUCUCAAUGUGAAGAGUGACAAAGUCUACACCCGCCAUGGAGUCCCUAUAUCUGUCACUGGCAUUGCACAGGUGAAAAUCCAGGGACAAAACAAGGAGAUGCUGGCCACUGCCUGUCAGAUGUUCAUGGGCAAGUCUGAGGGUGAGGUCGCCCAGAUUGCACUUGAAACACUGGAAGGCCACCAGAGAGCCAUCAUUGCACAUUUAACUGUUGAGGAGAUUUAUCAGGACCGUAAGAAGUUCUCUGAGCAGGUCUUCAAGGUGGCCUCCUCUGACCUGGUCAACAUGGGGAUUGGUGUUGUCAGCUACACACUCAAAGAUGUCCAUGAUGAUCAGGACUACCUUCACUCCCUGGGUAAAGCCAGGACAGCCCAGGUUCAGAAGGAUGCCCGGAUUGGAGAGGCCCAGUACAAACGGGAUGCUGUCAUUAGGGAGGCCCAUGCCAUGCAGGAGAAGGUAUCUGCUCAGUAUAAAAAUGAGAUUGAAAUGGCAAAAGCCCAGAGAGACUACGAGCUGAAAAAGGCAGCCUAUGAUGUUGAGGUCAACACCAAGAAGGCAGAGUCUGAAAUGGCUUAUCAGCUGCAGGUGGCCAAGACCAAGCAGCGGAUUGAGGAGGAGAAGAUGCAAGUUCAGGUGGUGGAGCGGACACAGCAGAUUACACUGCAGGAGCAGGAGAUCAUCCGCAAGGAGAAGGAGCUGGAAGCUAAAAUUAAGAAGCCUGCAGAAGCAGAAAAGUACAAACUGGAGCGUUUGGCUGAAGCUCAGCGCCUGCAGCUCAUCAUGGAGGCUGAGGCUGAGGCUGAGUCCAUCAGAAUGAAAGGUGAGGCAGAGGCAUUCGCCACAGAGGCAAAGGGUCGUGCUGAGGCGGAGCAGAUGGCCAAGAAGGCUGAGGCCUUCAAGCAGUACAAAGAUGGUGCCAUGGUGGACAUGCUGCUGGAGAAACUGCCACUGAUGGCAGAGGAGAUCAGCAAACCACUGUCCGAGGCCAACAAGGUCACCAUGGUGUCCAGCGGAGGCUCAGAGGUGGGAGCGGCCAAACUUGCUGGAGAGGUGCUUGAUAUCAUGGCCAGGCUGCCUGCUACUGUGGAGAAACUGACUGGAGUCGACAUUGCCCUUGCUGCAGGAAAGACUACCCAAGUGCAUUAAGAAGAGUAAUCAGACUCAGGCCAGGAGCUCCAUACCUCCCCCUUGUGCCUAUAAUUACUAUAUCAACUCUUUAACACUGUAGACCUGACUGAUCGUCUGUGUAUGCAUGUUUUUUACAGUGUGUCUCCCUUAUUGGACCCUCCUCCAUUCAGCCAUCCAAUGUUUCUUCCCCUCUUUUGUGAUUUCUUUUCAGCUGCCUCAUGAGCACUGUUGUGGUUGUUGCUCCAUGUGGCUACAGAAACAGCUGCCUGGGAUCAGAUCAUUAGUACCCCACCCCCCAAAGGGGAGGCAAGGGGUAUUGUUUUUGGUUCGGUUGGUUUGUUUGUUAACACUUUAGCAGCAAAACAACUGGUUCAGUUCAUACCAAAUAGGGUUUAUAGAUUGCCAGUGACCCAGAAUAGAUGUCAUUACAUUUUGGGAAAGGUAGGUCAAAGUUCACAUUUUUAUGAUUUUUUAAAAUCUUCCCAUUUACUUAUAAUGGGCUAAAUACGUGCCAGGCACUAUUUGUUUAAUCUGCUUUUUUUACACUGAGGAAACAAAAGCUGCAUGCCAGUUUAGCUAGUGAUAAUCUAAGUAGAAACUAUUGUUUUAGUCAUUUUACACUUGACCAUCAGUAUGUUUUUUUUUUUUGUUUUUUUUUUUACUUUUUUUUUUCUACAAUCAGCCUAAUUUUCACUCCAUACUGUCUAGUAUGUGAGUGUCUGUAUUGAUCUACCACUACUUAACGUAUAAGUCUAUUUUUUGUUGUGGUCCAUUAGUUCAUUAUAGAUAGACAACAAUGGGGGAGGUGCUAGUUUAUUCCACUUAUUGUAGAAAAGUUCAUGUUACUGGGCCCAAAUUCAUAUCAGUUACGCUGUGAGUUUGUCUUUAUGAUUGAAAAUGAAGGUAGAGGAAGUGGUUGAUGGGAACAAGCAAAGGGUUUCCUGUUAAAAGCUCUGAAAGUAUAGUGUGGUGAAAAGAACAUAGUUGGCCUUUGUAUAACAGUAAAGAAGAAACAUUACUAACCAGCCUGCUGCUUUAAUGUGCUUUCUGCUUGUACUGUCACACAGGUGGUUGUAGGAUUUUAUUUUCCUUGUACUGAUUUUAAUAUAAUUGUCUCACUUUUAUUUCUAGAUGUGUAAGAACUCAGAUGUUGCUUGUUUGUUUAGAGUACUAACAAUCCAAAGUUUCUGCUGCUAAGCCUUAUGCAUCUUGUGACUUCCAAGUGCCUGGUUAAGAAACUCUUCAACUGUAAGGUUUACUUCUCCAUUCAAGCCUAUUACAAUUCUCUGCCAGGGAAUUUUUCCACAUAUCCAACUGAUGAUAAAGCCAUUGGCCGUCGCUAUUGGUGGCUACAGUUCAAAGCCAAAUGGGUUUCUGCUUCUUCUGGCUGUUGAUGUAACUAAUUUGUACUU